ACUCGCUGGCUCUGGGGCGUCAGCGCGAUGGGCCCGAUCGCCACUGAGGGCAAGAGAGCUUCAUCCUGUGAUGAAAGCAUUGCUCACGACAGAUACUCUUAUCUAUACAGAAGGAGGCUGGCAUCUGUGACAGAGCUGUGUGUAGGUGGGGGAGAGGAAAGGCACCCCCUCCCCACACUCAGGCAGGAAUCGGUUCCCCUCGCACACGUACGGACUGGCUGCCUUGCCUGCCCGCGCCCUAUUUUUCCCCACCAUCGAUGCCCGCAGGCGACGGGUCCUCUGUCGGUCAGCUCGCCAACACAACACGCCCAUUCCCUGCCUGCGCGCAGAUCGAGUGAGCGCCCGUCAGAUAGUGUCGCCUCGUUGCUAGCGGUGCCAAUCGCAGCCCCGUCCCUUCCCGUGGCCCAGGAGCACGAUGUCUUUGCGAACUUCGACCUUUAGAGCAAAAAAGGUGUGGGGGGGAUGUUGACUGUAGGUAUUGUGGAUUAUGAUUAUGAUGACUAUUAGCAAUCUGCACGGGGAUGUGGGGUUAGGGGAGACAGGUGGGUAGGUGGGUGGUGGCUGCAGUCGCUCUAGAGCGAUCGGUCCCAUUCAGUCCCAAGACACAGAGCCAGGCUAGUUUUUGUGCACGCGGAGCCCCUGCAAAACCUGACUUCCCUAAGGAAAGGUGUACAUGGAGCGCACCGCUCUGUGGAUCCCCUCCUCAGGUACCUCUCAGCUGCAGCCCGACAGGAGGAAGAAGCAGGCGGCGCCCACCUUGGGUCUGGGUGCGGGGAGGCGUUCAAUCCUCAGGCAUGGCUUGCCUGGAAAGUGUGGGGGGAUGCCGGUGGUCGCCAUGACUGCUGCUGCUGCAGCAGCUGCUGCCGCCGCCGCCGCCGCCUUCAACUGAGUCGGGAGGCGCGGCUGGAGAGGAGCUGUCCAUUCAGCACCACGGCGCCGCGGCUUCGCUCUUGGUAGUAGCUCAACUCUCGGGCGUUGUAGGCGCUCCAGGAUGUGAGCAACGCCCGCUGACACCUUCUCCGGGAAAGGGGCUGUCUGCCUACUUCCAUCACACAAAAGGUUAGGCGGCGGAUCGGUUCCUGGAGCCAAGACAUCUUCAGCCUGGAUGAAGGACCCCGCCCCAGCGAUGCUCGAGUGGUGCUGGGGGAAGUUUCACGCUCCCAAACGGGGUCGCAGCAGCAACAGCAGCUCUUGAGGUCUUCUCUCCCUGCCCCAUAUAGAUUUGGAAGACACUCACUAUGACAGGGCUGAGUCUGAGGGAUUUAUCAGAGGCUGAUUUUGAAGACAGUGAAAUCAGCAUCAAUGUCGGAGGCUUUAAGAAAAAGAUGAGAUCCAACACAUUGUUGAGAUUCCCUGAAACGAGGCUGGGUAAACUGCUGAGCUGCAAUUCAAAGGAGUCAAUUCUAGAGCUUUGUGAUGAUUACGACGACACUAAGAACGAGUUCUACUUUGACAGGAACCCUGAACUUUUCCCUUAUGUGUUGCAUUUUUAUAACACUGGAAAGCUGCACGUGAUGGGUGAGCUCUGCGUGUUUUCCUUCAGUCAGGAAAUUGAAUAUUGGGGAAUCAAUGAAUUCUUUAUUGAUUCUUGCUGCAGUUACAGCUACCAUGGGAGGAAAAUGGAACCAGACCAAGAAAAAUGGGAAGAUCACAGUGAUCAGGAAAGUACCACCUCUUCCUUUGAUGAGAUCUUGGCCUUCUACAAUGAUGCUGCUAAGUUUGACAAGCAACCCUUUGGGAAAGUCAGGCGGCAGCUGUGGUUAGCUUUAGACAACCCUGGCUACUCUGUCUUGAGCCGAAUAUUCAGUAUCCUCUCCAUCGUGGUUGUUCUUGGAUCCAUAGUAACCAUGUGCCUCAACAGCCUCUCAGACUUUCAGAUUGUUAGUAGCAAUGGGAACUCUGAGGAAGACCCUCGAUUUGAAAUUGUGGAACAUUUUGGUAUUGCGUGGUUCACUUUUGAGCUGGUGGCAAGGUUUGCCGUGGCCCCAGACUUCUUGAAGUUUUUUAAGCAUGCACUCAAUCUAAUUGACCUAAUGUCCAUCCUUCCAUUUUACAUCACUUUAAUUGUUAACUUGGUGGUGGAAAGUAGCCCUGCUUUAGCUAAUUUGGGUAGAGUAGCCCAAGUCCUGAGACUGAUGAGGAUAUUCCGUAUCUUAAAACUUGCACGGCACUCAACAGGCCUUAGAUCUCUUGGAGCCACCCUCAAGUAUAGUUACAAGGAGGUAGGGCUUCUCCUGCUGUACCUGUCUGUUGGAAUCUCUAUAUUCUCUGUAGUGGCUUACACAAUUGAAAAAGAGGAAAACAGGGCCCUGGAGACCAUCCCUGCUUGCUGGUGGUGGGCUACAGUUAGCAUGACCACAGUUGGUUAUGGAGAUGUUGUCCCAGUAACCACGGCAGGCAGGCUGACAGCUUCUGCAUGCAUCCUAGCUGGCAUCUUGGUAGUGGUCCUCCCUAUCACACUCAUCUUCAACAAGUUCUCCCACUUUUACAGGCGCCAAAAGCAGCUAGAAAGUGCCAUGAGGAGCUGUGAUUUUGGGGAUGGGAUGAAAGUUGUCCCUUCAGUCAACUUAAGGGACUACUAUGCCUACAAAGUUAAAUCUCUUAUGGCCAGUCUCACAAACAUGAGCAGGAGCACCCCAAGUGAACUAAGUCUGAAUGAUUCACUGCAUUAGUCUCUGGUUCUAAGACCAGUUUGCAUGAUGGAAAACCAAGAGCUGUAUUUAUGUGUGUUGUUUUUCCUCACCCCGGCAUCUAAUAUCAUCAAUUAAGCACCAUGGGCAGGUCCACAUAACCAUUCUUCCUCCACCACCAUCCUUUUUUUGGCAGUAAUCUCUCAGUAGCAAUUCAUAUGCACUUGAGUCUUGUGAAUGGUUCAUCGUACAUUCGGAUUUAGAGACAACAUGCAUUUUGAAGUUUGUUCAGCUUGCGCUAGCUUGCAAUUGGAAGUGUGUUCCAUCACAAAGCCAUGGUGCACAUAAGUACCAUCACAUGCAAAGGGCCACCUAAUGGGGAAAAUGGUUGUGGGAAUGAACUUACUUUGGCAAUUGUGAAGAAUAUAAAGUUUACUUACAGAA